AUGAAGCACAGGUCGCAUUUGAAGCAGCAGAAUAAGCAUUUCAAAAAGUUAAAGAACCAUAAGAAGAAUAAUAAGAGUGCGAAAAAUUUGCAAAAGAAGAAAAAAAAAAAUUUAAUACAAAAAUACAGUAGUAUCUUACAUCGGGCAUUUCAGUCCCAUAGUAGCAAAGUGAACAACAUAAAGAGUGAACUGGAGGAAAAAUCAAAGUAUAUACCUUUUUAUAAUUGCUUAAACAUCUGCCUGUUAGGGUUCCACGAAGACGCUGAUGUAUUAUCAUUCAAGAAAGAAUUUAUAAAAUAUCUCUGUGAAAAAAAUGGAGAUAAUAUCAUAACAGACACCAUAAAUUUGUAUGAUAUAUAUACAGUACACGCAGAAAAAAAAAAAAAAAGAUCCCUUGUAAUUUAUGAUAUUCCCAGAGACAUUUACGGAAUUAUAGAUGGAACAAAAUGUGCGGACAUUGUCUUGUGUAUAUUUAAGGAUGGAUCAAUUGAAAAUUCUUCGUUCGACGAAUUGGGUUACAACCUUUUGUCGCUUCUAAAAAUACAAGGUGUUCCUUCCGUCAUCGGGGUGGGUUAUAACACAGACGAAAGCAGUAAAUAUUCUCAAAAAUUUGUGACUAGAUAUUUUAAUUCAGAAUUUACUCAACAUGAUAAAAUCUUUUUCAUCAACGGUAGUAAUGGUGGUAGCACUGACCACUUAAGCAGCAAUGGUGAUUUUUACAAACUGUACAGCGAAAUUAUGAAUAUGAAAAUACGAAACGUUUCUUAUAGGGAGGGAAGAGGUUACAUGAUGGUUAAUUCUUAUGCGUAUAAUGAGGAAACGGACUCCAUAUAUUUAAAGGGUUUUGUCAAAGGAGCAGGGUUUAAUACCAAUAACCCUAUACACAUAACAAGCGCCGGUGAUUAUUACAUUGAUGAUAUAUAUGUCAUAGAUGUGAUGACAUCGAAGAGAAAUAAUGGUGAUGAAAAAACGGAAAAACAGAUAAAUGGCUUGAGCCAAAGGAACCAAAGUGAAGGAAUAAAUUCUAAUUUUUUAAGUGAUAUUCUAACCAGGCAAACGAACCCCGACAGGAAUUUUUACUAUAACUGUAACAACAUUGACUAUAACUUUUUGCCAAUUCAAAAAUGUGAAAAUAGGUAUAACAUGAAUGAGGAGGAUGACUUAGUAUGUGUACGUCCAUACAUCGAGGAGGAGCAGCGCCUACAGUGCGAUAAUUUAAUGACACUUAUGGAUAGUAGCAAUGGGGAGGUGACCACCGGGAGAGGACCAAACAUAAGGGAUGAUCAUUCCUGUGAGGGAGGUGAUCUUGUAUAUAAAUUUAAUUUGGACAAUGCAUUAUCCAACGGGAGUAGUAACCAAAAGGGAUGGCUUCAGAGCGGUAGUAACGGAGCGACCUGCGUAGAGCAGCCGAAUACCUUCAAUGUGCUGUACGGAAGUUCUACCAAUAUGAAUAGCAAUAAUACGCAGGGAGGCACAGACGGAAGGGGCAAUUCGAACCAUUCCUGGACAUAUGUGUCCAACGAGAAGCAUGAGGUAGGAGAAGACUUUAUAUGUUCAUACAACAGGAAUGAAACAUUGAACGCGAGGAAAUAUUUUCUAGAAAGUAAUAACACGGUUAGGAGCAAGGAGAGUCAUUUAAAAAACGGGGAGGAAUCAUCGGCAAGUAGUUCGGCUGAGGAGAGUGAAGACGACUUGGACGUGGAUAUGGACAUGGAGGGCGAAGAGGGAAAUAUCCCCACCAAUGGCGCGGCGAGCAGUGCCAUAAAUGACGACGAUAUUGAAAGGGACUCGAACAAUUCCGACCACGUAUACCUGUGCAAAAAUAUAAGCGCAAAGGAAAGAUUUAGAAAGUACAGAAUUCUGCAGAGCUUCAAGUCGUCCUACAUAGACGUGUAUGAAGAUUUACCACUGGCAUAUUCACGUGUGUAUGAUUAUGAAAAUUACGAAAAUUUAAGUAAAUAUUCAAAAAAAAAGUUCGUGGAAAACUCCAAAAUUAUAAGGGGAGAAUUUACUAUAACCGAUGCUUACUGCUUAUUUGUUAUAAAAAAUGAUGGUAAGUUGCUGCACUUAAUAAAUGACAUAAAAAAGAAGAACCUGCCAAUUGUCGUUUCAAGUUUGUUGCCAUAUGAACGAAAGGUAACUGUUGUCAAUAUGGAGGUCGAACGAAUGACAUCUUAUUCAGAGAAGGUGGAGUCAAAGGAGGUGUUCGAAAUUGUGUGCGGAUUUAGGCAUUUUAUAGGUUGCCCUAUUUUUAGUGAACAAAUUAUUAAGGGGAUACAAUCCAAGGGGAAAUAUGAGAAGCAUUUGAAGCACGGAAAGAAAUAUGUAGCUUCUAUUUUUGGUUUCACAACAGUAACAAAUGCCCCCGUUUUUUUGAUAAAGAAGAUUACUUCCUGGGGGAAUGGAAACAUAAACACAUACUCUUUAUCAGCACAGGCGGGUAAAUCCGAAAUGGGAUUAAUCGAGCAGAAUUGGGGUAAUACGAUACAUUCGGAAGGUUUCCACUACAAUGGAGAGGAACCUAAUGAUAUGCACACUUGUGGUGAUGCGUAUACGAAUUACGGUGGCGAUAGUGUGAAUACCACCCCUGUCAUUGUUGCACAUGGAAAGGUUGUCAGUUGUGACUGCAAGAGGAUAAUUAUGAAGAGAAUAAGUCUGUGUGGAGAUAUUUUUAAAAUUCAUAAAAAGAAAGCAGUCAUUCGAAACAUGUUUUAUAGGCCGGAGGACAUAAAUUAUUUUAAACCUGCCCAGUUACACACAAAAUUUGGAUUGACUGGAAAAAUACUGGAAUCUUUGGGUACCCAUGGGAAAAUGAAAUGCCUCUUUAGUAACGUUUUAAAACAGCACGAUAAGGUUUUUAUCUUUUUGUACAAACGAGUUUAUCCGGUGUGGUUUCCCCCCACGUGGGGCGGCGACCCUCACCUGGGCCCCGAUGAUAAGCCCGUGCAGCGCAAGCUGAAGGGGUGUGAAAUGUAA